AUCAUUUGUUGUUACGGGACCAAGCACAUCGCGAAGCGUUUUCAUUCCAGAGUUUUUGAGUGUCGUUUAGAAUCGGUAAAAAAUGGCCAAACCCGGCCAAGGUGCUCUCCAAGCCAUGAAGGAGCUGGACAAGGCAGUGGUAAUGUUCAAGAAGCCAGCGCUGCCAAAAACCAAGAAGGAGAAAAAGAUAAUCCUCAACGAGGAAACUUAUUUGGAGGAAAUGUCCAAAAUCAUCGAGCGAGACUUCUUCCCCGAUCUGCAGAAACUUAAGGUCCAAAACGAGUACCUGGAAGCGAUCGCCAACAAUGACCUCAUCAAACUGCGCCAGAUUUUCUCCAAAUACAACUCUAAAUCGCCUUUGAUAAGAGAACCGAGUCCAGCCACCUUUGAAACGCCCCUUCCGAGUGCCUCGCUGGCCACAGAUGAGCCCCCGUCGGUUCGAUCCGAGGUUAGCACGGCCAGUUCCAGCAAAAGCACCAAAACCCUGGGAGACAAACACUCGCUGGAUAGCUUUCUAUUUAAAUACACCAGCGAGGACAACGACAGCUUCCAGGAGAUCAUCGAAGCGGCGGAUCGCAAGCUGAGACAAAAGUUUUCCGUGCUGUACGAGGCUGAAAGUAGUACUGCGGAAUCACUUGGUAGAAGUUUGGCACUUCCGGCCAUCGAGAGUCAGUUCGCCCAGAAAGAGAAACCUAAAGAGCUGGACAUGUGGACUUAUAAGAACAAGAACUACAUCAUGUACAUUCCGGACGGGGUAAAGCUUAGUCGGGAAGAGGAAAUCGAACUCGCCAACAAGAGGCAAGAAAUCGAACACAACAACACCCGACUGAAGAUUAAUCCGUUCAACGAGAGUGAAAGCAAGCAAGCCAUCACGGAAGCCGCCAAGAAUCAAGCCAAGUGUCAGCCGACCAAGAUCGGUGUCGACGGCAAGCUAAUCGAAGCGUCCUUCACGCCGCAAGUGCGCGGAUUUAACUUUGUCAAAAGUCCAUCCCCGUGCCCCGGCGUAACAGACAGUCCGCUCUUCACGUGGGGUGAGAUCGAGGGAACCCCGUUCCGACUGGACGGCGGAGAUACCCCAAUGCAUCCGGCAUCGUCCGGUCCUUCCUUCCGAAUAACGGAAACGUCCAAGCGUGAAAAUCUAGCGCUUGCGUUGGCUGAAAAAGCCGCCGAACAGUCCCGCUCGAAAAAGGCCAAAGCUAUCGAGGCGGCCCGCCGUAACAUCGGUUCCCCAAUGGUCCGGAACACCAUCGAUCGGCUGGCCAGCAUGUCCCCGGCGGCUCGAAGACUUGCGUCCACAAAACUGGGCCUGAUCAACACGCCCAGCCCGAUGCGAUCGCCGGCGUCGACGAUGAUGAAAACACCCAAAAGAUCGUAUCCGGCAGGGAAAUUGAGACCCACGCCGUCACCGUCCAGUAUUGUUAGAAGGAAGACGCCAUUGGUUGGUCCUCCGAGAAGUACAGGUGGCGGAAACGCAGCCCAACCGUCAACGACCUCCGUUAUUCUGACUGAUAACUUGCUGGCGAUUCCUUCGACGUCGAAGAGACCGAAAGCGGCCGACUUUUUCUAGCGCAGCGGACGUUAUUUAUGCACUGAAUUAUUUUGUAUG